AUGGAAACCCCCAAUUUUCGAUCAUGGACGCCUGGCUUCAAUCAGCAUAAAGGCCACAUGGCCGGAGGUGGAGUAUGCCAGCCGAAGUUCAGAGAGAUCCUUAGAAAAAGUGGACCAGAGUGCAGAGUUUUCCAAGAAAAAUGGUCAUCAUCCUAUUUAUUCACAGAAGUGAAUGGGAAACCUGUGUGUUUGGUAUGUUCACAGCAGGUUUCAGUGCUGAAAGAAUAUAACCUACGAUGCCACUAUGAGACUCUUCAUGCCGAAAAAUACAAAAACUUGCAAGGACAGCAGAGACUAGAGAAGGUAAAUGAACUUUUGACGGCUCUGAAGAAGCAGCAGUCUGUGUUUUCUCGUAGCCGAGAAAUAAGUGAUGCUGCAGUGAAAGCCAGCUACCUUAUUGCUAAUGAAAUUGCACUGGCUUCAAAACCAUUUAGUGAGGGUGAAUUUGUGAGGACAUGCAUGCUGAAGGCUGCAGAGACUGUGUGCCUGAAAAGCCACGGACAUACAGAUGUUGCGCAACUGGCGAUAUUCAUCCGCGGAGUUGAUGACACUUUGACCGUCACCGAGGAGUUCGUGGAGUUGGUGCCAAUGACGGACACCACAACAGCAGCUAAUAUUUUCACCGCCCUCGUCGGAACGCUGGACAGGGUUGGAGUGGACUGGACUCGCACUGUCAGCCUGGCUACAGAUGGUGCACCUUCAAUGACCGGGAGAAAAGCAGGUGUUGGGACAAAAUUCAGAGAGAAGGUGCAGGCUGCAAAUGGAGGACGUGAUUUUUGGAGUUUUCAUUGUAUUUGCAUCAGGAGGCAUUGUGUUGCAAGUCAUUGA